AUGGCUCCAAAAACAUCCACUCUUUCAAAAGAAUAUAUAUCAGAGUCCGAGUCUGAAUCAAGUUCAGAUUCUGACUUAGAAACCAUUGAAAAUGUGGAAUUCAAACCACCUUCCGAUUAUAAGAAAUGCUCUCAUUUGAAAAAAUUUAAAUUAUCACAUAAAUCAAAAGAUGAAGAAAUUUGGCUAUUCAGUCUACCAAAUUCUAUAGAUCUAUCAUCUUUGAAAACUUUACCCUUACCAAUCAAUAAUGACAAAUCUGAUAAUAUAAUACAAAUAUUAAAUAAAAACUAUAACGUUACACAAACGAGCCAUAAGAGUAAAAAUAACAAUGAAUUCAGUAAUUUGAAAUUAUUAGUUCCUAGCACAGAUUCAAAGAAAGAUUCAUUAAAGAUAUUGUCUUCAAAAGACUCAAUGGAUUUUAAUAGAAUUUUCACAUUGAGUGAAGUCACUGAAAUACCAAAGAUUGAUAUUGAAAAAGUUAAAUUACCACGUAAAGAUAUACCACAAUUGGAGAAUCUAGAAUUAAAACAUUUCCCAACUGGUUAUGAUUCAAAUGAUUUCAUUACAGAUGGAAAUGACGAAAAUACAAUUGAAAAUAAUAAGAGUAAGUCAAAGAAACGUCAUGGUGAUGACGAUGAUACCGAGAAUAAAAAGAAGAAAAAGAAAUCAAAGAAGGAUAAAUCAAAAAAGAAAGAAAAGAAAUAA